UGCGUUGGUCGUCUUUGAACAUGCCAGCCAGCGAGCUCCAUGGUGCGCCGUUCGUCCAUGCCAGGCUUCCAUGGCUCCGCCGCCCAUAAAAGCAUACCGAGCUGCACCAUCGAUCGCCACACCCACACAUCCAUCCCACUUUCGAUCAAGAAAUAACAAGCAACACAGCUCGCCAUCAGCAAUGGCCUCCAGGUCGUCCUCCAUCCUGCUCGUCGCGGCGGCGCUUGCGUCGCUGCUGGCCGUGGGCUCCUGCGCCGCGGUCUCCUUCAAGACCGGCCCGGGCUGCAGCGCUACCAAGCUGGUCCUCAUCCCCAGCGAAGCCAUCUCCGAGGUGGAGGUCAAGGAGAAGGGCGCCGACGACUUCACGGCGCUCAAGGAGGGGCCGACCGGCACCUGGACCCUCGAGGGCAAGGAGCCGCUCAAGGGCCCCUUCUCCAUUCGCUUCGCCGCCAAGUCCGGCGGCUACCGCGUCGUCGACGACGCCAUCCCCACCGGCUUCAAGUCCGGCUCCGACUACAAGACCAGCGUCCAGGUCUAAGUGAUCCGAUGCCCAAGCUCCCUGGCGUCGAAUGGAAAUCUUAUGAACCUCGCUCUAAAUAAUUUUUCAAGAGAGGGCAUGCAAGAGCCUGCGUGCCAGCUGGCCAAUUUUUCUCUAUGUUAGUUUAUCAAAAACUCCAGUAUAGUGUAUCGACCGUAUGAUGUAUGCAUGCGUUGUAUCAUCUGCAAUUCGAUUUAUCCAAGUAUAAAUAAAAAAGGUAAUGACUUUAUUACGGCCG